AUGUCUGAACGCGGCGCAUUCCGGGGACGCGGCGGAGGUGGAGGAAGGGGCGACCACCGCGGUGGACGCGGCGGUGGAAGAGGCGGCGCACACGCUGGAAAUGCAGCGGGGCAGCAGCAGACAGAGAGGCCGAAGAAAGAGAAUAUCCUGGACCUGAGCAAGUACAUGGACAAGCAGAUCACCGUCAAGUUCAGCGGUGGGCGAGAAGUCAUUGGAACGCUAAAGGGCUACGACCAGCUGAUGAACCUCGUGCUGGAUGAGGUCAAGGAGGCCAUGACGGAUGACGAAGGCAACGUACGAUACCGCAAGCUCGGCCUCAUCGUCGCGCGUGGCACCCUCCUCGUCGUCAUCUCGCCUAUCGACGGCAGCGAAGAGAUUGCCAACCCUUUCAUACAAGAAGACGAAUGA